AUGACUCGACAAAUCAUGCUCCGCCGCCAACCUCUACUGGCGGACAAGAAUUCCACGACGAACCAGAAGAAGAGGUUCGCCGAGUUCGCCGGAGGGACAACCGCAGAGUGUGCCGCCGUAUGUUGCUGCUUCCCUUGCGGGCUUCUGAACCUGCUCGUCCUCGCCAUGUAUAAGUUGCCUGCAGGGCUAUGCAGGAAAGCCUUAAGGAAGAUGAAGAAGAAGGAGAAACAGAGAUUGAAGAACGGGCUUUUGAUGCAGAGACGCAACUGCUGCACGGGUGGUUGCGACCAGACAGAGUCGCAGGUACACCCAGUUUCGGUGGAUUUGUGGCCGUUGGAUAAGUCGGAUAAAGACAAAGACGAUCUGACAGCAAAGAAGGUUCUAGAGUUGGAGAAGGAGAUGUGGGACCGGUUCUACGGUACGGGAUUCUGGAGAAGUUCUUCCCAGAGGGAUUAA